AUAUUAUUAUAUGAUGUUAUAGAUAUUAUGUAAUAAUAACUCCACGAGGGAAAGGAUUAAUUGGCAACAAAUUAGCGCAUCGCCUCUCUCUCUCUCCCUCUCUCUCUCUCUCUCUCUCUCUCUCUGGCACAUUUCCCCGUUCUUCUUCCUCCUCGUUCCCAAACUGACCUCCAAUAAUCAGCACGACUGUCUGCGCAGUUAUAAAUCCACUGCGCCACGGAUCAUUUUUGUGUAUACUGGAAAGCUUGACUUUUUGUUUUUGUUUUUUUUUUUUGCGCUAACUGAAUUGAAUAAACGAUGUGAUUGAAGGCUUUCACCAUGAAUCCUCACUGCGCGCGCUGCGGGAAAAUUGUCUACGCCACUGAGAAAGUGAACUGCCUGGACAAGUACUGGCACAAAGGAUGCUUCCACUGUGAGGUGUGCAAAAUGACCCUGAACAUGAACAACUACAAAGGAUACGAGAAGAAGCCUUACUGCAAUUCGUAUGUGCAACCUUGCCACUACCCGAAGCAGACGUUCACGAUCGUCGCAGACACGCCAGAGAACCUGCGACUGAGGCAGCAGAGCGAGCUCCAGAGUCAGGUGAAGUACAGGAAGGAUUUUGAAGAGAGUAAGGGCCGUGGGCUGCGAUUUCUUGUAGACACCCCCGAAGUGCAGAGACUGAAGAAAGCCCAGGAGCAGAUUAGUAACGCUACAUAUCAUAAGGAUUUUGACAUGCCAGGAUCUCACGGUGUCACUCAGGGUAUUAGAGGAACGUAUCUGGUACGAGCUCAGACGAGACCCGAGCAUCAGACGCUGCAGGGGAGCUGCGCCACACACAGAGGCGUGAAUCAGUACACCAUGGAGAUGGAUCGGAGGCCAGGAGUCAUUGUGGCCCCUGUCCUUCCCGGAGCUUAUUACCCCAGCGGUUAUAAUCAGGGUCACAGCUACAUGCAUCAGACCAGCAUGCACUCCCUCCGAUCCAUGCAGCUGCAGUCGCAUCCAGCGGUCAUGAGCGUGUACAGGGCUUUGUACGACUACACGGCUCAGGACUGUGACGAGGUCUCGUUCCGGGACGGCGAUCUGAUCCACAACGUGCACCCCAUUGAUGAGGGUUGGAUGUUUGGAACGGUGCAGAGGACGGGCCGCUCGGGCAUGCUGCCUGCUAACUACGUGGAAGGCAUCCGCUAACCUGCGCUAGCUUACCGAGGCUUUGUUAAAACCUAUUCACUGCAGAAUUUGUUGGGACCAAGUACAUGUAAAUAAACAGAAGUAGGCCUCUAUUUUAGUAGUACAGUAACGCUUUUAAUAGUAAGGUUUCAUUUUCUUACUCAGCCUAAUAUCAGACAGUGAGUGAGUGCAUGGUUAUGGUUUUUGUACGUAGAUCGAAAUAGAAACUUUUACUAUGAGAAAUAGUUGAAGUAUUGAAGCAAUAACGACUGCCAACAGCAAGUCUGAGUGGGCGUACCUUUAAAAAUGUGGGCAUGUCUUUGAGCCCAUAUAUGGAAGUCUUGAGGCAGGAAUUUAUUAACAUUGUAAAAUAUUGUUUUUAUUGAAAUAAUUACCAUUUUAUAUGUUUACAGUCGUCACCGCUAACACUAGCUAAUAUAAUUUGAAAGAGAUUUUUAGACAACCGCGUAAGUGCAAGCAUACUGUUCAAACAUUUCAUGGGUGUAUCUCCGAGUCCAUAUAUGGGCAUAAGGACACACCCACUGAUCUGCAAUUCGAAUAAAAGAGGUGAGAACAUGUCCCUCUAUAGGAAGUUUAGUACCUCAAGGAUUUUGCGAUAGCAGAAAUGAAGGCAAAAUCACGCGAGCCCCAGAGGCGUUUGCAAUUUUUCAAAAUUAUUACGGAUUUCCUGCAGAUUCCACGAAUGUUCAACCAAAGCCCUCUUCCAUUCACGAACGUUGAACAUGAGUGCAGCUCUCAGAAUGUAUCUACAUGUGUCUUCAUUAGUAGGAACUGAAAAGAACAAUGCAAUUUUACGGAAAAAUCUUCACAAAUUGCAAAUUUUGAGAACAUUUUUAAAUAAAUAAAUAAAUAAUACAUAAAUAAAUAAAUAAAAUAAAAAAUAAAUAUAUAUAAUAUAAAACAAAACACAAAUAUAAAAUACAAAUACAAAUAAAAAAAUACAAAUAAAAUAAAAUACAAAUUAAAAAAACUCCUGACAGAGAGAACGGUUUUUUUUUUUUUCCCGGAUGCCCAACAUGCAUACUUAAUAUAGAAACGUCUCUGCUUGACUUCACAUCAUCUUUUCUUUUCUUUUUCUUUUUGGUUUCAUUUUGGGAAAUGAAUUGUCAAAAAAAAUAAAAUAAAAUUUUGUAAUGAAACUUUUGGUCCAAAAUGAUGCAAUAACCAAAAAAAAAAAAAAAAAAUGUCUUUAAAGCAUGCACUGUAUUUAUAACCUCUGCGAUGUAUGAAUAUAAAUAAUUUGUAAAUGUUGAUGGCAUUAAAAUGUUAUUAAACCAGAAAAGGAGGACUUGGAGAGUGCUGUGUAAAUACUGCGCUGCUGUUAAAGAGAGAUUUCUGGACUAUAAAAGAAUACGAGUCAUAAACACUUACUUCUACACAAUUCAUUUCAUUUUAAAUGGAAAAAAAUAAUAAU